GCCAUGCAGGGAGUGUACUGGAGCGCCGUCACUGCUGUCUGUCUGGGAAUGGCAGGUGUCUUUGGACACGAUAUUACUAAUGGGAAUGAAGCUAAACCUCAUAGCCGACCUUACAUGGCACGUUUGCUGAUACACACAGAGACUGGCACUGUGGGCUGUGGAGGGUUCCUCAUUCUUCCAAACUUCAUCCUGACUGCUGCUCAUUGCAAUGAAGGGAGCAUUACUGCAUUGCUCGGAGCUCAUGAUUUGACAAAAGAAGAAAACUUCAGGCAGAAGAUACCCGUGCAGAUGCACAUACCCCAUGAAAAUUACACAAAAGCGGUGAAGGAGAACGACAUCAUGCUUCUAAAGCUGAAUCACAGUGCUGAUAUGGACACACCUCACGUGAAGCUCAUCAGACUCGCGCAGAAAGGCGAGAUCAUCCCUCCUGACGCCCCAUGCUCGGUGGCCGGAUGGGGCCGCACCAGCUCCAAUGGGACAGCCAGCAGUGUGCUGAGAGAGGCGAACGUGUCGAUCCAGAAUCAGUGUGUGUCCCCCUUACAGAUCUGCGCGAGGGGCAGUGGCAGCAAGGGCACCUGUUUUGGAGAUUCAGGUGGACCACUGGUCUGUUUAAUCAGUAGUUUUGCAGCGGUGGGGAUUGUGUCGACAAGUGAUACUAGUAACUGUGAAGACCCUCACCACCUGGACAUCUACACAAAGUUGUCCGUGUACAGUGACUGGAUUGAAAACAAAAUCAGCUCAAGUUCUUCUUCAGAGUCAAGAUACGGCUGGACUGGAGACAUGCUGGCACCGUGCUGGAUCACCGUAAUUGGCGUCUGCCUCGGAUUUGCAGGUGCGUCCAGAGACCAGAUCAUUGGUGGACGUGAAUCCAAGCCCCACAGCCGGCCCUACAUGGCCUUUUUGGAAAUUGAAACAGAGGAAGACACAAAAGACUGCGGAGGCUUCCUGAUUAACCCCAGCUUCAUUCUGACUGCUGCCCACUGCAAGGGACGUUACAUCACAGCACUUCUGGGGGUUCAUAAUCGCUCAAAACCUGAAAAUUCCAUGCAGAGGAUUGAAGUGCAAGAGAUCAUCCCCCAUGAAAAGUAUAACCAAACAACAAACACACAUGACAUCAUGCUUCUGAAGCUGAAAAGGAAGGCAAAACUCACAGAUAAAGUGAAGACCAUCAGCCUUCCCAAAAAAGGACAGGACAUCCCCCCCAACACGGUCUGCUUUGUUGCAGGAUGGGGCAAAACUAAGAACAAGGGGAAAGACAGCAAGGUGCUGAGAGAAGUGAACGUGACAGUCCUGGACAUUAACAAGUGUACAGCUGCAAAAAAAUACAACUUGAUGAAUUCAGUGAUCUGCACGAGAGGCGCUGGCAUCAAGGGGACCUGUGAUGGUGACUCUGGGGGUCCAUUGGUCUGUCCAGUCAGCAAGAGAAACCAGGCAGCUGUGGGGAUUGUAUCUUUUCGUUAUGCUGAUGAGCAGCGGCGUUGCAAGGAUCCUGAACGUGUCAAUAUCUACACAAAGGUGACAGCAUACCAGAAGUGGAUUGACAAAAACCUCAGGGCUGAAUCCCUUGUGUGAUAAGACCCCUGCCUCUUUGAAAAUGUAUGGCUAUGGGAAGGGGCGGCCCACCACUUAGCUGUCAUUAUAAAGUUUAAGCCUCUGCAAUGAGAUUUGAAGCCUUUCCUUCACUUUGCUGCUGUCAAAUGUCUCUUCUUUAAUUCUUAGCAUUCACCUACCAGCUGUACAGAUGUUAGGUGGGCACUGAAUCUCCCUAAAGAUCAGAGCCCCUGAUUCAAGAGUCCUGAACUUGGAAGUGAGGUGUGCAGAGAUUCCCUCCUGCCAUGCUGUCACACAAGUCACAAAAAUCAAUGUUAGGUCCUUUGCAGGAAGAAAAACAAAUCACCAGGACCAACUAGAAUAUAUCCUUAGAUUAAGGAGAUUAGUGAGUACAUAAAUCACAGAUGUGUGUUUUCAAAUAUCCCUGCAUGAUUGGGAAUUUCCCACAUAUUGUCUCAUAAAAAGGUCAUUGGACUGAUCUGAGUGGCUGUUGGUCUGUAAUCUUAACAUUCAAUGAGAGUAAAUCAAUUAAAGCAAUCGUUAAGGGAAAAACUGAGCAUCACAUGACAUAUUAGCAAAUAGUCGGCAUGGGUUCAGACGAGGAAGAGUUUGUUUGACUACUUUGCUUUAAUAUUGUGAAGAAGCAUCAUGUAUGCUAUUGUUUCUUGAUUUUCAAAAGCAUUUGAUAAAGUGAAACAUUAGUAAUCAAACUUAAAGAAAUGGGAAUUCCCAUAGGAAUAAAAAAUCAAAAAAGAAAUCAUCUUAACAUCUUUAUGGUUUCUCCUAUUCAACAAUGAGAUCAGAGAGAAAUAAAAUGGAGCCAUGUUCCUUCAUCUCAAGUUUCUUAGAUUUUUUUCCUCAGAAUAAAACGCCCCUGUAUUCUUACAAAGGUCUCUUUUUCAGUUUCAGCAAAGUCACACAAUGGACUCGGAAUGUUUUGCAGUUUGAAAGUAUUUGCAUUAUGUGCUCACUAAUAUACAGUGAAAUGUAUGGACAGUUGCUUGUGGGAAUAAAAUAGUUAACUAUGA